UUGAAAAAUCUUCGAGAUUCCUCCUUUUUAUUCAUUUUUUCCACAUUUUUCACGUAAUUUAUUCUUUUUUGCACAAAAAUCGUCCUUUUAGCCUGCAAUACGAACGAAAUUUUAGAGUUAAGUGAAAAUUAAACAGAAAAAACAGCAAAAUGGGAAACACAAAUAGUCACGAAAUCAACAAAAACAGCAGCAAAAAGUCGCUGGAGCCCCAAAAACCCAACAGUGAGCAUUUAACUCCGGCACAAAAGUUGGCACAAAGCGAGACAAAGGGCAUGACGCGAUCCGCUUCCGGCGCAGACAUCCAGGAAUCGCGAUACGGGCAUUUUGUGCCCAUCGAAAAACUCGCCAAGUAUUUGGCGAAAAAAACAGACGAGCAAUUUGGCGUGAGCAACGGGAUUGUCGGAGAUGUCUUUGCGCGAUACGUUUUUCCAAAUCAACCCGAAUUGGGACAACGGCUCUUCACAUUUUUGCACCAUUCGUCGAAAGCGAAGACGAAACAUUUGGGCGUUUUGGCGUUUCGGCAGCAAGUUGAGCGAUUUAUCAGUUUGCUGGAUGAUUCCGUGAUUCUGGAGAAUUACGUGCGGAUGUUUGGCGAGAUAGAUAAGCCGGAAAUGAUUCGCCCGGAUCAUCUGAGGGCCUUGCUAACUACUUGUUAUAGACUUUCGAUGUCACAUUAUGCGGGAGGCACGUCGUCAGAUCUUUUGUUUGUUGGAACAAUCAACGCUGUGAUAAACUCAAUAUAUCUGCCCGGAAAAGAUGCCCUGAGCUCCGGUUACAUAUCAAAGUACUUGGAACAGCAUUGCCCGCGUCUAAUCAUUCCGCCGUUGCAUAAAUUUUGUGUGCACAUGAUGACAACCGCCUACCACAGCAUCGAGUCAAACACACAAAUAUCCGCCGAAGGAGUGAAUUUGGACAUCAGCACGCCAGUAUUGAACAAAGGAAACCCUUUUUCGGGCGAAUCGAGUGCCAAUAGCAAACCGUCGUUGUUACCUGUGUCCGAAGCGUGGAUUUUAUCCGGCACCCUACCGAAAUUAUACACGCGCCCUCAUGCCAUCCCCAAAAGUGCUUCGACGGGAAACGCUGCUUCGAGUUCAGGCUCAAACCUUGCUUCGGUGUCGUUCAUGUCGAAACUCCUGUCGACAGUUCCGUCACAUUGGACUUUAUUGUACGACUCGCAAGUCGAUGGAUUGGGAGCAAAUCGGUUUUUGCAUCACGUUUUAGGCUACAAAGGACCAACACUCACAUUGCUCAAGGGCGACAACAAUUUGCUCGUUUGUGUCGCGUCGCCCUGCGAAUGGCGCGAAUGUUACAUGUACCAAGGCGGCGACGAUUGUUGCAUCAUUCAACUUUUGCCAAAGUACGUGUUCAUCGAGCACGGCCCGAAAUUGCUGUAUUUGAACACAAGUACGCGUGGCUACCCGAAAGGCUUGCGAGCGGGAAAGGAUCCGCGAAAACCCAUUGUGAGCAUUGACGAAGGAUUUGAAAAAUUCGAUUUUAAGGGAAUCGCCAACACGCUUUAUUCCAUCGAAGUGUGGGGAUGCGGCGAUCAAAAGGCGCGCGAAACACAAACGGAAAUCAAAAAGUGGCAAGUGAAGGAGGCGGAAAAGCAGAGAACUGUUAAAAUGUCGGCGGCGGACUGGCUUGAUAAUCCCGAUCGGUAUCUGUUGGAAUUGGGAGGCAGGCCCCAAUAUAAUAACACGAGCAAGUGAAAAAAAACCCUGAAGGCCUUUAAAUAUUUGAAUGAAUUAAAAUUUGUUUUAUUUUUCGAAAUUUUACGUUUUUUCAGCCAAAUUGUUCAAUAAAAAUGGCUCUAAAUAUAUUUUAUCAA